AUGGUCUCCUCCUCCUCCUUCGCCCAGGCCGCCGCCGCGAGCCUCGCCUUUGCCGCCACCGCCGCCGGCGCCGCCAUCACGGUCUCGUCGUGCUCGACGGGCGUCAAGAUGAUCGUAGCCCGCGGCUCCAAGGAGCCGGCCGGCUUCGGCGACAUCCAGUCCGUCGUCGACGCCGUCAAGGCCCAGAUCCCCAACAGCUCGGCCGACGCCGUCGACUACCCGGCCCUGCUCGACACCCAGGUCAUCUACGCCGAGUCCGUCAUUCAGGGCACCAGCACCAUGAGGCAGAUGGUCCAAAACCACGUCGCCAAGUGCCCCAAGAGCAAGAUCGCCCUCAUCGGCUACUCGCAGGGCGCCCAGGUCGUCGGUGAUGUCGUGUGCGGUCUCAGCAGCGCCGGUUUCCCCAAGUCGGCCGACCUGGGUGACCAGUACGCCAACAACGUCAUCGCCUCCGUCAUGUUCGGCGACCCGACCCGCGCCGCCAACCAGGCCUGGAACGCCGGCAACGUCACCACCCGCGACGGCCUCUUCCCCCGUGUCGACAACGCCGGCUGCGCCCCCUACGGCGCCGGCAUGAAGUCGUGGUGCGACGCCGACGACCGCUACUGCGACCGCGGCUCCAACCAGGCCAUCCACCACGUCUACUUUGAGAAGUACACCGCCGACGCCGCCGCCUGGGUCGUCAGCCGCUUCCAGGCCACCGCAUAA